GCCCGACUUUAGUUGAGUGAGCCUCCCUCCAUCGUUGUUCCGGGAUACCUGCAACCAAGAAAAGAUUCAGCCAUGGAUCUUGUGCUGAAUGUCGCUGACUACUACUUCUUCACGCCGUACGUGUACCCAGCGUCGUGGCCUGAAGACGGAGCCCUGCGGCAGAUUAUCAGCCUGCUGGUGGUGACGAACCUCGGAGCUGCAGUCCUGUACCUGGGCCUGGGAGCCAUCAGCUACUACUUCAUCUUCGACCACAAUCUGAUGAAACACCCACACUUCUUGGAGAAUCAAGUAUGGCGAGAAAUCAAAUAUGCGAUGACCUCUCUGCCCGUGAUCAGCAUUCCCACUGUGGCUUUGUUUUUCACUGAAGUCAGAGGCUACAGCAAACUCUACGAUCAUGUCGCCGAUUCGCCCCUCGGUUGGCCCGGACUUUUCCUGAGUAUGAUUUCAUUCCUGUUCUUUACUGACAUGUGCAUCUACUGGAUUCACCGCUUCUUACACCAUAAGCUUAUUUACAAGCUGUUUCACAAACCACACCACAUCUGGAAGAUCCCCACUCCCUUUGCCAGUCAUGCUUUUCAUCCAGUGGACGGCUUCCUGCAAGGAAUGCCCUACCACAUCUACCCGUUCCUCUUCCCCCUCCACAAGGUGCUCUACUUGGUUCUUUACGUUUUCGUUAACAUCUGGACCAUCUCCAUCCACGACGGCGACUAUCGUGUACCCGGAGCUCUGACGAGCGUCAUCAACGGCUCAGCUCACCACACUGACCACCACCUCUUCUUCGACUACAACUACGGUCAAUAUUUCACUCUGUGGGACCGCCUGGGAGGCUCCUACAGGCACCCGUCAGCUCUGAUGGGGAAAGGUCCCCAUGAUCUGAUCAGGAAACUUCAAGCAGAGGGAAAGUUGGGAAAUGACGAAGCGAAGCCUAACGGGCAAGUGAAUGGACGGGCGCAGAGGGGAGUUACCUGUAAGGAGGAGUAACAGUACGCGGGUUAUGAAUAAUUUCAGAAAGUGAUCUCUAUUUUUUUGUAAAGACAAUUUGCUAAAGCCCAGCGUAUUGGAGAGUAAUUGGAGUUCAUGUAUGUGCCAAAUGAGCCUUUGUAAGAAUUGAGUUCUUGUGGAGCAAUGAGUGAAUGUGAAACGGCUGCCCCUGGUUGGACUGCACACACAUACCAAUCACAAACUAUCGACUAACAUCCGGAGAUGGGGUGUUGUUUUGUAGUGUAACAGAUUUUUGCGAACCGCACAGCAAAGAGACUUGAGGAUCACCAGAAAGCUGGAGCUGCUGGAGCUACUGGAGCUUCUUCAGUCACAAACCAGCCCUGAGGCUGAUUUCACAGGGCUCUACUAUAGCCAGAGGUUUUUAUUUGACAGGUUAUAAAUCAGAGUAACCCAAAAGUUGAAACACUGGCUAAUCAGCCAUGCCUACUUUGCACUUCCAGCUUUUAUUAUUAUUAUUAUUUUUUUUAAGAGUCAUAAGAAACAUAAGAG